AUGUCCAAACAUAUAGAUGAUAGUCUAAAAAUUUGUACGGUGUGUGCAUCCAAUAACAAUAGAUCUAUGGAAUCCCACAAGCAAUUGAUGGAUGCAGGGUAUGAUGUGCAUUCGUUUGGUACUGGUACCGCAGUUCGAUUACCUGGACCAAGUGUGGAUAAACCUAAUGUCUAUGAUUUUGGAACUCCUUACCAAGUAAUGUAUGAUGAUUUAAUCAGUCAAAAAAGUAGGAAACUAUAUGAAUCGAAUGGGUUGAUACAUAUGUUGGAAAGAAAUAAAAGUGUUAAAGAGGCACCAGAAAAAUGGCAUAGAAAUGCAUCACUUGGUAAAUUUGAUUUGGUCAUCACUUGUGAGGAAAGAUGUUUUGAUAGUGUAAUUGAAGAUUUAAUGCAUAGAAUGUAUGAUAGAGAUCCCAGUGAUAACGAUGAUAUUAAACGACUUGUACAUGUUAUAAACAUUGAUAUCAAAGAUGAUAAUGAAAAUGCAAUAAUGGGAGGGAAAGGUAUUUUGAAAUUGGUUAAUAUGAUACAUGAUUUUAGAAGGAAGAGAAAACAGGAACUUGGUCAUGACAUUGAAGAUGAGCUGGAUAUAAUAUUAGAGGAUCAAAUGAUGAGUAUAAUAACAGAAUGGCAAAGAGACCACACAAAUUUACCCACAUUAUAUAGUGUAUCGUAUUAUUAG